GCUGAUGUUCCAAAUUAGGCGGGAGUAUGCACGGGUUGUAUGCGAGGGAACGCUGACUACAGGAUCUCGUGAAGGCAUGGAGACGGUAUAGUUCCAGCUGUAUUUCUGUGACGUCAUGGAGGAAUUUGAUGUAGAAAGUCUCCGCUCUAGUGAGCCAGAGCUGCCACCAGUUCACCCCGGAUUUUUCGACCUCGACGCUCUGAUCCUCGAUGAAAGGUCGCUCUGUAACAUCGACAAAAUCAUCGCCGCACUCGACAUCAGACUCAACAACGAAAACCAACUCGUCCACUUAGCUCUGCGAAACCUCAAGUAUGUUAUCAUGUGUCAGGACAGGAAGCGCCGUCUGGAAGCCGGAAAACAAUUAUCGGCCUUGAACUCUGCCAAUCCCGAUCAUUUAAACACGCUAGCUAACCUGGAGCACGUGUAUAGAAUCUGUCAUAGAAGAGCUGACGCUAAUGCAUGCCGGGAAAGGUUGGAUGAGCUCCUUAACAAAAGAAAGCGGAAAUACGAGAUACUGAAGGCGUUAUGCUUCCUUGAACAAGGUUACGUUUACACAGUGUUGUAUCACGAUGCUAAAGGGGUGGAAAUGGUAAAAGGUGCAAUGGACAGCGUCACGAAGCGUCUCGAGGACCUUCGAAGGAACUGCAGGGACAGCCGUGCGGAAACCUCUAUAGACGGUGUCCUCGCCGAAGUAAGUAUUCUGACGUGUGAACUGCUGAGUAUCGAGGACUCCAAGGAGCGACGAGCGUUCAAUACGAGCGAGUGUCUGAAGAACUACGAGGUCGGGCUAGAGAUGUUGAUGUGUCAGCCGGGUACAGAACUGGAGGUUGAGUUGUGGAAUUACUACCAGGCUCUCAUCAACUAUAACAUGGCCAACCUCGUGUCACUCUGCAGAGCUGGACAGGCCGGGAUACACAGGAAGAAGGCGGCGCGCCUCUUCCUCAAGGUCUUCAAGGAGCUUGACACUGAUAUCCCCGAGUCCAUGUUGUAUCGGGCCCGGUCCCUCAGCUACCUGGGUCAUCUCCUUUCGGCUAACUUCGAGGGGAAAGGAGACACGUACAAGGACACACUGGAAACAUUCACGAUUACAACAACACAACUUGGGGGCGUGUCCAGUUUUCUUUACGAGAAAGCCAGGUCAUAUUGUCCUGAGGAUCACGUGAUAUUGACGACUGAAGCAAAUUACAUGUUGCACAAGGCAUUGAACAAAAUAAAUGACCCAUCAGAGAAAAAACGACAACUGGACAGAGCUAAUGUUGUAGUCUCGCGGUCUAUAUCAAAUCUCGCAGAUUUCUACGAGAACUCACUAGCAUAUUCCGUUAGACGCGACAUCAAUUAUCAUCUUUCACUAUUAGCCCCAACCCUCGGAGAAAGGUAUCUGCGUCAGGCAAAAUCUGACGGAGAGGUGGCGCUUCUGUCUGGGGGUGUGGCCGACCUGGUUUUCAUGGGAAUGGUAUGUCAUAUGUUGGCUCAGUGUCAGCCUCAGUCACGACGCCUGUCGUGUAUUGUGGAUAAAGAUGAUAUACUAUAUGAAGGGAUUGACUAUAUACAGCAAGCGAUCGAAAAGGGCGCUCAGGACCAGAGUAAACUCAAGUGUUACGAAACGCUUGCGAGUAGCCUGUUCCAGCUCAAGUCAUACCGAGAGGCAGUAGAAUGCCUUAAGCGUGUGAUUGAGAAUGAUACCACACGGAACGUGAAUUUGUUUAAAACAUUGUGCACGUACUUUUUCGAACUAUACAAAGACGCUGGUAAAAAUGGACGCCAUGUUUUACAGGAAUUUGUUUACUGGUUGUGCUGGUGUGCAGACAAGUACGGACAGGAUGACGUCAUUAACAACAUGGCGAAAUGUACAAAAGAAUAUUUCACGGAAAUGUUGGCGGUCAUAGAAGUACUAACAUCAAGUAUCCAUGGUAACGGAGGAGUAAAUCACGUCUGCUUGAUAGAAAAGCUCAAACAAAAGCUAGAAAAAGUAAGAAACAAUGAAUCGAAGAAACGAAACGCAGCGCCGCGUUCACCAAAGUCUCGAUUUCGGUUCCUGCUUCGAAGUCCACAUGACAAGAGCAGGACAAUCGGCGAAAAGGAAAGGACGCCGACACGGACGAUUGGACAAACGACAGGAGGACCUGUGUCAAGUGUCCUCAAAAUUGUCCUUCAGCUUCCAGGCAUGAUGCCACAAUACUGCGGCACAUACGAUUAUAUCGUCAUCCACAGCAUGACGGACAUCAACUGGGUCAUGUACGUCCUACGUCCGUCACUAGAGGAAAGCUUCGGAGUCAACAAGGUCCGAGGCUACCUUGCCGGCCGAGACUUUGUAGCCAGUUCUGGAAUCUGGGAACCACUGAGGGACAAUGUCGCAACAAAGGUUAUCCUGGUUUUGUCUAUGGACUUCAUACGGACAGAAUGGACGAGUGCAGACGAACAGACGGAUAUAGUGCGACUCUUAGAAGAGAAAAGCAAAGAGGGUAAUCUGGUUCCUCUAUUAUUGGACUCGCCAUGCAAAAUUCCCGAGAGACUCCGAAGGAUACUCUCGCUGAAUUGGCGAACGCCUUUGGGUCCUUACGACUGGGACCAGAUUCGCCGGUAUCUCGUGUAAUCGGAUAUUCACGAAAGUGCUUUUACAGUUAUGUCACUCCCGGCUAUGUAAUCACAUAACUUAUAUAAUGGUUGUGAUAGUCACGUGACUAGCAUCUCUCUUCGAGUAUGGAUAGUCGAUAUAUAUAAUAUUCUGGUCACAGACAGGUUUUCGUCAUUGCCUUGGGAAUGGGGUUUUUUUUUU